AUGGGUGUGUUUGGUUCUGAAAAAAAUGAAAUGCAGUCAUUAUCGGUGAUGGAAGGAGAUUCAGUCACUCUACACACUGAUUUUACUGAAAUACGUGAAGAUGAAAUAAUGUGGAAUUUUGGAGCUGAAAAGUGUCUGAUAGCUCAAAUACAUAAAGCCUCUGGAAUCUUCUCCACGUAUGAUGGUCCUGAUAAGAGAUUCAGAGACAGACUGAAGCUGGACAGACAGACUGGAUCUCUGACCAUCACAAACAUCACAACUCAACACGCUGGAGAAUAUAAACUAGAGAUCAUUGCAGCGAAACUGCAUUCAAAAACAAUCAGUGUUUUUGUCUAUACUCGUCUACCUGUUCCUGUCAUCAGCAAUAACUCUUCAAACUGUUCUUCGUCUUCAUCAUCUUCAUCUUCAUCGCAGCAGAAUUGUUCAUUGUUGUGUUCAGUGGUGAAUGUGGGUCAUGUGACUCUCUCCUGGUACAAAGGAAACAGUUUAUUGUCCAGCAUCAGUGUGUCUGAUCUCAGCAUCAGUCUCUCUCUACCUCUGGAGGUGGAAUAUCAGGAGAAAAACAGCUACAGCUGUGUGAUCAACAAUCCCAUCACAAACCAGACCACACAUCUGGACAUCAGC